AUGCGCGCAGGAACGCCGCUUUGUGGUUUUCGAGCAGCCUACCCUGCUGGCAGUUUUGCUCGGCGUUGGGCUGUCUGUCAACAACGUUUCAGAGUUGCCAAAGCUGCCGAGUGGCGCAGUGCAAGGACAUUACUGACCAGUUCCAGAUCGCCACUCCACACAGGAGUAAAAUUGGCCGUUCUGCAUACGGCUGUGGUUGGGGUGAUGAGCAAGGAACAGGUUGGGUUCCCCUCUCUUUGUCACAGGAGCCUUUCAGCUGGUUCCCGAUGUCAAAGCAAGGGCUAUGUGUCCUUCGAGGAAGUGGCUGUGUACUUCACGGAGGAGGAGUGGGCCCUGCUGGAUCCUGGCCAAAGAGCUCUUUACAAGGAAGUCAUGAUGGAGAACUAUGGGAACGUGGCCUCUCUGGAAGGUUCUUGGACCUGCAAACCAGACCUCAUCUCUUGGCUGGAGGAAGCUGGUGAAACAUUUGUCCAGGACUCUGAGGAAAUGAGGAGCUCAACAGAUGUCUUUUCAUUCUGGAAAAAUGAGUCCAUCUUUUUGUCUCUCAAAGAAGAAACCUCCAUGAGAGAGAGUUCUUCGCAAGAAGGCCUUGUGUCAGAAGAGACACUAGAGUUUUUCCUGAGAGGAUCUCAAAAAAGCAUUUGUUUCCUGACAGACGUGGCUGAGACAGGAGCUCAGGGGGCAUCAAGUUUGGAGGAAGUGGAAAGAUGUGAGGAUUUGAAGAUGGAAAAAGCAACUAGGAAUCAAGAGGGACCAAAGAGGCAGCAGAGGAGGAAGAGGGAAGCAAACCAGAAGCAGAGGAAGGAAUCAUUUGCCUUUCAGGGCAGCGAUUUCAAUGAAAUUCUGGAGCACAAAACUGAGGAAGGAGAACAAAGGAAUCAUAACACUCCAAGUGAGAAAAGCCCAAGCUACAAAUCUAAUCUUUACAGACAACAGAGAAUUCAAACAGGGGAGAAGCCCUAUAAAUGCCUGGAAUGUGGAAAGAAUUUCUAUCAGAGUACACACCUUAUAUCUCACCAAAGGAUACAUACAGGUGAGAAACCAUAUACAUGCUUGGAAUGUGGGAAGAGUUUUAGUCGAAGUGACACACUAAUAUUACAUCAAAGGAUUCACACAGGAGAGAAGCCAUAUAAAUGCUUUGAUUGUGGAAAGAGUUUCAGUCGGAGUACAAAGCUUACUUCUCAUCAGAUGAUUCACACUGGGGAAAAACCAUAUGAAUGCUUGGAGUGUAGAAAGAGCUUUCGUCAAAGCAAAAGUCUUAUUUCCCACCAAAGGAUUCACACGGACAAGAAACUGUAUGAAUGCUUGGAAUGUGGGAAAAGCUUCAGUCAGAGCAUAAAGCUUACAUCUCACCAAAGGGUUCACACUGGUAAGAAACCAUAUAAAUGCUUGCAGUGUGGUAAGAGCUUCAGUCGGAGUGACAGUCUUACUUCACAUCAAACGAUUCACGCAGGGGAGAAGCCAUAUAAAUGCCUGGAGUGUGGAAAGAGCUUCAACCAAAGUGGAAACCUUACUUCUCAUCAAAGGAUUCACACUGGAGAGAAACUAUAUGAAUGCUUGGAAUGUGGCAAAAGCUUCAGUCUGAACAUACAGUUUAUAUCUCACCAAAGAAUUCACACCAGUAAGAAACCAUAUACCUGCUUGCACUGUGGGAAAAGCUUCAGUCGGAAUGACAGUCUAACUUCACAUCAAAGGAUUCAUACGGGGGAGAAACCAUAUAAAUGCUUGGAAUGUGGAAAGAGCUUCAAACAAAGUGGAAACCUUACUUCUCAUCGAAGGAUUCACACUGGGGAGAAACCAUAUAAAUGUUUGGAGUGUGGAAAGAGCUUCUGUCAGAGUGGAAAACUUACUUCUCACCAGAGGGUUCACACUGGAGAAAAACCAUAUACAUGCUUGGAGUGUGGAAAGAGCUUCAGUUGGAAAAGUGCAUUAACUUUACAUCGCAUGAUUCACACAGGGGAGAAACUGUAUAUAUGCUUGGAAUGUGGCAAAAGCUUCAGGCAGAGCGCACACCUUACUUCUCACCAAAAGAUUCACAUUAAGGCGAAAGUAUGAAAAUGAAGCUCAUUCCAGUUGCAGAAGAGCAGUUACCUACCUCCCAUAUUUUCUGACAUUCCUACAUCAGAAAAUCUGAAUAAUUUUUCUGAUGGUUCAGAAAAUUUAUCCAGGAUGUACAUAAGAGAACCCAAAACACAACCAGGGGAAAUGCCAAAGAGAUUGUGGCAAAAAAAAUUGCAACAGAAGUGAAGCAAUACUGAGGGCAAAGAGAAGUCAUCUUCUAUCAGUAUCAAACAGUGAAAUCCUAAACAGAGUUACUCCAAUCUAAGCCCAAGUCUAAAACUGGAGUAACUCUGCUUAGAAUUUCACUGAAAAUGUAAGCAGAGACAGUGUUUCUGGUUGUUUUCAUAAAUAUCCUUUUUAUUUGGUAAUGGUCAGCAUUAAGGUAAAUUACAUUAUGUUAGUAAUUAUAUAAGUUAUUGAUUUCCUUUUUGGAUUAGCUCUAGUUGGGAAUAUGCCAACAACAGUGCCAAAUAACUGCAGAGAAUUGAAUGUAUUGACAGCUGCUGGAAUAUUGGCCAAACAGUCAGGGAAAUUGAAAUCUUUACUUAGUGCUUGAGAUGUGCUGAUGGGAAGCAAGCCUAGUAUAUAACGUUAAUGAAUAAACCGUUUACAGACAUUUAAAAAUCUAGAUAACUGGUAUUAUUCAACCCUGGUGGCUGUUUCAUCAGUUGCUGGAGCUGGACAACUACAUGAAAAUUCAUCAAGAGUUUUUAUUGUGUGUUUAAUUGAUUGAACAGAGAUAGCUCUUUUGUUUCUUUUUAAAUAUUUUCUGUCCUUUGUAUAAUUUUGAAGUUCAUGAUGAAUAGUUGAUUUCUUUUGUUUAUAUAUAUAUCAUAGAGUUUUACUUAAAAUGUUGGGCUAGGAAAGAAGAGUUCAGGGUUCCAAUCCUCCUGUCAGUUCUCUGGUGACCUUUGGCCAGUGUCCCCCUCAGCCUAACCUUACCCUUUGAAAUACUGUGAGUGCUGUACCCCAAAUAUACUCACCUCAUCUCCUACAGAUGAAUGACCAUUAACUCCUCCCUGCCUACUGCUACAAUUACCCAUUUUUCUAGGUUCAUUGGACAUUUGUGUAUGAGGUGUAAUAUGAGCAACCUCAGUCUUUGAAACCUGUAGAUUUUAAGUGUACUAAUUGGUUGUUCUAGGUCAUCCAAUAAUACUCCUCUAUAAUCAAGUCUACAUGCAUUUGUUAUAUACCUAAAAAGAUUCUACCUUCUGCCUUUCUCCAUCAGUUGGUAAAGUGACUCAUGAGAGGAAACCA